UCUCUCUUCCAAGCAUUCCUGCACUUUUCAAACUAAUCUUCUUCUUUUUUGCAUUUCUUCCAAAUCACACUAAGCUCGUCGUGCACACAACCAUCAUCCGGAGCCUUCCCUCGUCCUAAAAAUACACAGCCCAUCUCCACCAUCUCAUCAUCACCAAAACAACAGCGGGAACAAACUAAGCCAAGUACAGGGAGGUUUACUAGCAGUCCAAAGAAAUGGGUAAGUUGAUCUUCUUCGCGGCGGUCGUCGCGGCCAUGGUGGCCAUCUCCUUAGCCUAUGGCGAGUCUUCUUCAGUGAGCACGCAGUGCCAGUGUCAGCGUGAGCUCCAAGAGAGCUCACUCGAGCUGUGCCAGCAGUUCGUUGACCGGCAGCUGAAUAUGGUGCCCGCCAUCUCCCAGCGUCCGUCGCCGUCCCCAUGGAUCCCGCAGGAGCAGAAGAUGUGGUGCUGCCAGCAGCUCCAGCAAAUCAGCAGCGGUUGCCGUGAAGCCGCCGUCCGCAGCAUCGUCAGGAAGUACGAGCAGGAUCUUGAGGCCGCGCAGCAGCCACAGAUAGGACAGCAGCAGGUCUACCCAGUCCACGGCGAGCCCGCGAAGCAGCAGCCAGAGAUAACAGGGCGGCGCUACCCCCUAUCCGACGAACCCGCGAAGCGGCAGCCACAGAUACCAGGGGAGCGCUACCCCGUAUCCGGCGAACCCGCGAAGCAGCAGCCACAGAUACCAGGGCUGUGCUACCCCGCCGCCGGGGAGCCUGCGAAGCAGCAGCAACAUGUACAAGGGCAGCGCUACCCCAUCCCCGACGAACCCGCGAAGCAGCAGCCGCAGAUACCAGGGCAGCGCUUCCCUGCCCCCGGCGAGCCCACAGAGCAGCAGCCACCGCAGGUGGGAGGACAAGUGCACCAUGGCUGUCCCAGCCGGCACACCCAGAACCGGCUCAUCGCCCGCCAACAGCCAAUCGGAGGAAUUCUUCCUGUCGGAUUGCCUGAGGAAAUAGCCCGCGAGAGGCUGACGAGGGCACAGCAGCUCGCGGCGCAGCUGCCGGCGCAGUGCGGGCUGGAGCGCGGAGCCUUCUUGCGACCAGUAUUAGACAGUUUUCACAAAUAAUGCACCCUAUCCUAGAGAUAGGUAGAUAAAUAAAAGCAAAGUGUGGUCUUGCCAUACUGUUCUUCGUGCGAA